CCAGUCGUUUAUAGUUUCGACAGCUGAUUGCUGAGCUUUGCAUGGCAGAUAUGGGGUCAUUAAGUAUAAGUAGUUAUUAGUUUACUUUCGUUGUACAGGAAGUAAAGUGGAGACAUUACUGAAGUGCAUUCGAGACCACUGUUUUAGUAUUUGGAAGAUCUUUCGAAAUUAAAUACGGAAACAUUACACUAUGCAGAAUCCAAAUGAGGACACAGAGUGGAAUGAUAUCCUUCGGAGCAAAGGGAUUCUUCCCCAGAAAGAAAAGGAAUUUACAGAAACAGAUAUCAUCAACAUGUUGGAAAAAACGAUAGAAGAGAAGCAGUCCAAAAGUGGCAAACAGCUGGAGAGACUGUCCAUUGAUGAACUUGAUGAGCUGGAAGAUGAAGAGGAUGAGAAAGUGAUCCUUGAAUAUCGUAAGAAACGCAUCGCCCAGAUGAAGGCCGAAGCAGCAAAAGCUCGCUUUGGGGAGGUGACGGAGAUCAGUGCAGAAGAUUAUGUGCAACAUGUAAACAGAGCAGGAGAAGGUGUGUGGGUUGUGCUGCAUCUCUACAAGCAAGGGAUCCCAUUGUGUUCACUGCUGAAUCAACACUUGUCAAAGUUAUCAGUGAAGUUCCCAGCCACAAAGUUCCUGAAGAGCAUCUCCACAACUUGCAUCCCAAACUUCCCUGACAGUAACCUGCCAUCUAUUUUUAUAUACUUUGAAGGUGACCUAAAGAAGCAGCUUGUGGGGCCACAUGAAUUCCGAGGCACGAAUCUGUCUGUGGAUGAACUGGAAUGGAUUCUUGGGCAGGCUGGAGCUGUUCCAACAGAACUGGAAGAAGACCCUCGACCCAAAGUCAGAGAUGUGCUAUUCUCCAAGCUAAAGAGCAAUGUCGAUGACUUGAGUGAUGAUAAUGAUUGGUAGCCAAAGCAGAAUUUUGAAGUUGUUUUUGACGUGCUUGUUUUUAUAGAACUGCAGACAACUGCCAUCUUUAAUCCUCCUGUUGGUGCCAGUUUUAAACUGCAAUGUAAGGGGUGCAUUUUUGCUUCUCAACAGAAAAUUACAGUAAUUGUAACAUGGGUACUUUUUUCUAGAAAGUUUUUGCAAAACUUAUUUUGUGAAUUAUGAAAUUUAACUUGUACACAGGUCAGUGUAAAAUGGAGAACCCACUGAAAAUUUGUGCUACAUGUUACUUCCUCACUUUGCUACUGUCACAUAUCUGGUACUUAUUGCAUCUUCCUGUCCCCAUGUACUGGGGUACAACAUUUAAGGUGCCUGGUUCAGAUUUCAGAUUACAUGGGAUUAACUUCUCUAAGGAAUGGUGAGGUGUGUGACAAGGGUUCUAUUUGUAAAUGAUGGAAUGGACAUGCAGAGGAUAAUGAAGCACAAUCAUAUUCAAAAGCAAAUAAAGAAAAUGUUCAUUAUGAGAUCUCUUCUUCUGAGUUGUCACUAAAUGAAUGAUCUGGAAUAUGUUAUACUUCCACAUAUAAAAUUAAAUUUCAUUUGAAUAUUCCACAU